AUGUCGAUGCGUAAGGCUCCUGGACUUCGACUGCAGACUGCGAUCGUACAAGACAACGUUCCAGUGGAGGUCGCCACCGGUCUGUUCGUGGGCUCCAUCCACGCGGCUUUCAACGUCGACACACUCAAGUCUUACAAGGUCUCACACAUACUCAACCUCGCUGGCAGCUAUGCGACUUUUCCAGAGGAUUUCACGUACUUGAGUCUCAGUAUUCGCGAUAAGGAGUACGCAAGCUUGCUGAGUUGUCUCCCGAUUGCGGCAGUAUUCAUCGACGCUGGGCUAAAGAACGGUGGCGUUCUUAUCCACUGCGCUGGCGGACGCUCGAGGUCUCCAGCGGUCGCGAUGGCGUUCCUGAUGAUGAAGCAGCAAGUGUCCUACUUGGAUAUCUCGGCACACGUCAAGACACUGCGACCUGUUGUGAGUCUAAAUGCUGGCUUCGAGGCGCAGCUCAAGUGUCUCGAGACUGCUCAUGGCAACGUGUUUGUUGCAAACCAGCAUCUUCUCACAGCUCGAUUGACUCGCUUGGCUCAACAGCACGAGAACGGCGAGCUGGUUAACGAGGUAGCCAAGAAGCGUCGACAGUCUCAGCAAGCAUCAAACCGGUCGCCUCCGUUGUUGAAGAAACAGUCCUCGAUCGAGAUGUUGGCGUCUGGAUGUGAUGAUCGCGGUAUGAUAGGCGAGCGAGUGCCGUGUGGGUUUUGUCUUUCGAUGCCUGCAGCUGCUGAGUGCUCGAAAGGGACGGCAGGGGAGACUCCACCAUCCUCUUUUAUUCCAGCGUUACGCUCCAUGGGGACUAUGUUCGGCUGUCAACAGUGUGGAGAGAAUCUGUUCUGUGCUGGUGCCAUUGUGCAUCACCACGACAUCGCAAAACUGUCCUGUCGUGACGGCCAUAACACUCGCUUCCUGGGGGUUUUGCGAGGACAAACUAGUGCUGAAUCCAUGGACAACACAGCGUCACACAUCUCGGUCGGAGAGCAGCAAGUUGUCGCGACUAUGACGAAAAAGCCACUGCUUUCCAAGCUACGGUUGAGGCCUCACAGCCCCAGUGUAACGAUGGGGAGUGGCUCGCAUACAGGCGAUACUUCUUCAGGCAGACGGAAGAGCGCGUCUUCGGUACUAUCGAUGCCAAGUUUUGAUUCUGACGAGGAUUCUGGAACCGGUUUGCAAGUUCUGCAGCCUUCACGACGACCCGCUACAGAGGAGAACAAGCGCACGAGCUCUGUGGUUCCGUCACCGAAUAAACUAAGUGGCGAGUCUAGAAAGAAAUCUGGAAGUGGAUUGUGGCGCUCUCUGACCUCCUUCAAAAGCUCAAAACGCAGUGCAAAGGCAGCAAUUGAGGACAAGAGAUCGCAUGGCCAGCUUCAGGUUCGCACUGGGGUAUCGGAACUCCACAAGCACGCAGUGUUGGCAUCUUCUCGAGCCGAGGAGGCUAAAUUAUCCGAGAUUGGCUACACAUCGGAACAUUUGGUGUUCCUAAAGCGAAAUGCAGUGGAGUGGAAUCGAAAUAUCCAGCAACUUGUCGACAUCAGCAAGAACAAUUCAACGCCGACAAGUGGAGGAACAACGAGUGACCAAAUGACAGCACUACUAGACGAAGACGCAGCUUUCCUGACGACCUUGAAUAACUGCAAGCAGUGGUUUGUAGACCCUCAAUUGUGGACGAUUGAUCAAGCAACUGCACGUCCCGAGGGAGAAAUUCGCUGUCCAAGAGAAUCGUGUGGGGCCAUUGUGGGCGAGUGGCGGUGGGAAGGAUUGAGAUCCGAUUGUGGAGGCAGUGUCGUCCCGGCCUUCGUAAUGAAGAGAGAUGCCGUAUGUGUCCUGGGCAAUUUGACAUCCCAGUCGAAAUAGCACAUGAUAAAUUGCAAGCAGCGAUAUUCAUAAAAAAAAUAAUAAACACAACUGUAGAGAA